AUGGCCCUGCUGUUGCUCCUGGGACUGCUGGGGCUGCUGGGGCUCCUGGGCCUCUGGGGGCUGCUCUGCACCCCAGCCCCGGGCCCCUCUCCAGCCCCACAGUGGCCCCCCGGGCCUCGCCCGCUGCCGCUCCUGGGAAACCUGCCCUUGCUUCGAGCUUCACAACAGGACCAAUGGCUGUUGGAGCUCUCAGAACGCUAUGGGCCAAUGUUCACGGUUCACCUGGGAAGCCAGAAGACUGUAGUGCUGUCAGGAUACGAGGCCGUGAGGGAGGCCCUGGUGGGCACUGGGCAGGAGCUGGCUGACCGUCCCCCCAUCCCCAUCUUUCAGCUCAUCCAGCAAGGCGGUGGCAUCUUCUUCUCCUCCGGGGCACGCUGGCGGGCUGCCCGCAGGUUCACGGUGCGCGUGCUGCACAGCCUGGGUGUGGGGCAGGGCCCAGUGGCUGGCAAAGUGCUGCAGGAGUUGGCGAGUCUCACAGGGAAGCUGGAUGGCUUCAGAGGCCGGCCCUUCCCCCUGGCCCUGCUGGGCUGGGCUCCCUCUAACAUCACGUUCACGCUCCUCUUCGGCCAGCGUUUCGACUACCAGGACCCUGUGUUCCAGUCCCUGCUAGGUCUGAUUGAUGAGGUCAUGGUCCUCUUAGGGUCACCCAGCCUGCAGCUGUUUAACAUCUAUCCACGGCUGGGGAUCUUUCUUGGUCUGCACCGGCCUGUCCUGCGCAAGAUCGAAAAGGUACGAGCCAUCCUGAAGACAAUCCUGGAGGUGCGGCAGCGCACCACACCCAGGGGUGGCCCCAUACAGAGCUAUGUGGAUGCCCUGAUCCAGCAGGGUCAGGUGCAGGGGGAUGAUCACCUGGGCCUGUUCACCGAGGCCAAUGUUGUGGCCUGCACGCUGGACAUGCUGAUGGCCGGCACCGAGACCACCUCGGCCACGCUGCAGUGGGCGGCCCUCCUAAUGGCCAAGCACCCGGACAUUCAAGGUCGCGUGCAGGAGGAGCUAGACCGCGUGCUGGGUGCUGGGAGGCUCCCGAAACCUGAGGACCAGCAGCAGCUGCCCUAUACCAGCGCGGUGCUGCACGAGGUCCAGCGCUACAUCACGCUGCUGCCCCAUGUGCCCCGCUGCACGGCCACUGACACCCAGCUGGGUGGCUACCUGCUCCCCAAGGGCACGCCUGUGAUCCCCUUGCUGACCUCGGUACUGCUGGACAAGACCCAGUGGGCGACCCCCAGGCAGUUCAACCCAGAGCACUUCCUGGACUCGGACAGGCACUUCUUGAAGCGGCCAGCCUUCCUGCCUUUCUCUGCAGGCCGCCGUGUCUGCGUUGGAGAGAGCCUGGCCAGGACCGAGCUUUUCCUGCUGCUGGCUGGCUUGCUCCAGCGUUACCACCUGCAGCCCCCACCUGGCAUCAGCCCUGCUGCCCUGGACACCAUGCCUGCCCUGGCCUUCACCAUGAGGCCCCAGGCCCAGGCCCUGUGUGCAGUGCCCCGGCACUAGGGCGCUCCACUAGGUGACUCCCUCCCAACCACGUUGGGGUGCCUGGUAGUUGGCAGGGCACGGCGGCGUCUCUGAGGAUGGAUGGCAGGGGGACUCACACCGCCCACAGUCACAAAGGGUCAGGCAUUCAGCUUUUGGCUUCUGUGUGCAGAUUGCAUCCACCAUGGGUGGGAAAUCGGACUCUUGCUUGGGUGCCGCAGAGGGGGAACAUGACCCCUAUGGCCCCCAUCUAUCUCUCCCAAGGCCCCAGGCUCCUGCAUCCCCAGUACCACACUCUCCUCUACUCUGGCCCCCUGGCCAGCCAGGCCCCCCAGUACAGACUGGACAUGUCCCUAAGCCGACUCAGACCCCAGGAGGCCUCAUGUUGCCCCACAUCUCCCUGAGCCCCACAUCUCCCUGAGCCCCACAUCACACCCCAGCCAGGGGCAGUGUCUGUCAGAUGCCCCCAUACCUACAGUGGGUGGUGUCUGUGCCCAGGGGCACCGUGGACUAUAAAUCAGCCUUGGCUGGUGUUGCCAGCGUCACCCUGCACCAACCAGACCUGGCUGGUUCUCCUGCAUGUGCCCUGUUCUGGAGGUCCUGUGGGGCAGUGGCUGGAGGCCUCUGCUGUAUUACCAAAAGGUGCCCUUGGUUCUUCCAGCUAGUGUGCUCCCUAAGAUGCAAGAUGCUCCCCAGCUGCAGCUGGAGGGUCCUGGUCUACUCCAAGGUGCUGGGGACCAGAAGCCUGGGCCUCAGUUUACCCAUGUAUGAAAUGGAUCAAACAGCUGGAGGACCAAUAAACUUUGUUGGGAGGUGCAGGAUUAAGGUAACCCAGGGCUGAGAUACCAGAAUCCCAGGGCCAGCAGGGCCCUAAGGAGGGGUGCCCACAGGAAGGGUGCUGGUGCUGAGGACAGGGAGGUCCUGGGGCCUUGGGGGGCACAUCAGGGGACAGAGCAGCUGCUGGCAAGUUCUUCAGGCCCCAUCACACUCAUGCCCCUGGGAAGUCAAAGACCCCUAUUCAGGGCAGCCACCACCGGAAGGACUGGCUGCUCAUGGAGCCUGGUGCAGAUGGGAAACUGAGGCGCCCAAAUGCACAAAGCCCAGCAAAGGUUCCACUCUCCCCACUGCUAUGACACGUUGAAACCUUGAGGGCAGGACCUGGGGCCAGGUGGCACCCACUGCCCACUGGGCUCCACAGCCUCCCGUGCGGGCUGGGCUGAACACCUUGGCGGCUGUGCUUGGUUCCCAGCCCAUCCUGUGAGGUUGUUUGCCGACCUCUGUCCCCACUGUGGUGGAGGCACACAGCUACCUGGCCCCCACAGCUCCGAGACUGCUCUGGGAUGGGCUCCUCCAGUGUGGACCCCUGCAGGACACGCGCACACAAGGUUAUCUGUCUGGGCAUCAGACUUUAGUGGGGGUUCAGUGUGGUACCGGGCACUAGUUUACACCAGCCUUUUUGAGAGCCUGGUGAGCUGGAGUUGGGGGCACCCUAGGCAGGCAUGUCAAAGGGAAUGGGAGCUGGGUGUAGUGGCACACACUUGUGAUCCCAGCACUCUAUGAGGAUGAGGCAGGAGGACUGCAAG